UUCACUACACAAAUCUAUGAUCCAAUCAAAAAAUAUUAGAGAGCAAUAGUAGUCAUCUUCAAAUGGUGGAAAUUUCUUUAUUUUCAACCUUAAAAAAGCAUCAAACAUGUUUUUAUCCACCUGCUUCAAGACCCUUAACUUUCUUUAUAAUUUGGUAUUUUCCUUUUUCAUUAAGCCACUUAAUUUUACGAGUAGAGUUGAAACUAAACAUAUCAGACCGAUAAUUCACCAGAAUGAAAUGAAAUUCGAUAUAAGUCCAAGUGAGAUCAAUAUGGUCAUGAAAGAAUUAGGAAUAGUGUCCGAGGGUUUUGAUGAUGAAGACAAGGAGGUUUUUAAGGGAAUGUUUGGUGAGGAAGAGCCUAAUUUGGAGGAAAUUUGGGAAGCUUAUAAGAUAUUUGACGUGAAUAAUGAUGGGUUUAUUGAUGCAAAGGAAUUGGGAAGGGUACUUUGUUGUUUGGGAUUCUUAAAGGAAGGAUUGGAUAUAGAAAAGUGUAAGAAGAUGAUUAGUGGUUUUGAUAGAGAUAAUGAUGGCUUACUUGAUUUUAAUGACUUCCUUAAGAUUAUGCACACUUGUUUGUGAAAACAACUCGCUAUUAUUAUUCAUCGUCAUCUUUUUCAUUUUAUCACCACCUCCUAAUGAAAUUAUGAUUUUGCCCCUAGACUUAAA